GUAAGAAAUGAAUAUUGCCUUUUAAAUGGCAAAAUGGUUAGCACUAACACGCAGUCAAAUCAGUCUGAGAUGCAGGAAGAAUGCACGAGAAGUCUCAACUCCGAGAAGGCUACUGAAAAAAAACAGUUUCAGUGUCCUGUUUGUGAGAGAGAAUUUCCGUACAAAAUCAGAAAACAGACAUCAAUUGAGAUUCAGCAAAGAAGAAUUGUGCUUUGUUUAAUGAGAAGCAACUUCAAAUCGGAAUUGAUAGAUAAAUAG